AUGGCGGCAAAAACCCAAAGGUUCUACGGACCAUCGAUGAAGCAGAGCGGUGCAUUGACGCAGCCGGCGGCGGCGGCUCGCGGAGCCAGAACGCUGGGAUGGUUUAUGGCCGACACGGAUCUAUUCGACAAGAAGCAACAGCAGCAUCAAGGCGGUUCUGAUGAAUCGAAUGAGAAUAGUCGACGGUACGCGGGCGUAAUCGGCGAGGAGAAGAAACGUCAAAGACGACACCAUCAUCAUCGGAAGGCGAUGAGCGCGCACGGCGCUCAACGCAAAGACGGCUACGCGGCGAGUCAGGCGAUGAGCGAGAGCUCCGAAGAGGGCUACGAGGAGAAGCGUCUCAACACGCUUCUCGCCGAUUUGACGUUGACGCAUCAGAAGGCGCCGAUUCCCGGCAACGAGGAGUAUUGGUUCUACGACGUCGCUUCCGACGGCUACUAUUAUGAGCAGAAUGGCGCGAAAGGUUGGCGGCGACGAAUGCCGAACGGUGUGGCGCCGAAAAAUGAGAAGGCUUGUGCUUCUUGUGGUGUUUCGUUGAGCAUCUCAUUUCGCGUUUUCCAGGAGAUGAUGUCGAAGGCGAAUAAUGUGCUGGCCGCGCAGGCGCGAACCGCAUUGAUCCAGCAGAUUCUCAUGCAGCAGCAGCAGGCGCAGAAUCAGCCAUCGUUGAGAUAUUACGAUCCGAACUCGGAUGGAUUCUACUACGAAAUGGCGUCGGUCGACGGCUGGAAGCGUCGUCAGCCCAACAAACCGGUGUCGGCGUCGGUGCCGGCGGGAAUCACCCGACCGUACGCGAUGAGACAAGCCGAGCAGCAGCAGCAAGCCGCCGCCGCGGCUCAGACAUCAUCGUAUGGAGCGGCGUUGGCUCGCGGACAGAUGCCGAGGAAUUGUGUGAUCGAUGAGAGCAGCGCGUCGUCGUCGAUUUCGGGCGAUCAUGCGCUUCACGAUCUUCUCGGCGCCUACGACUAUCCGUCGAUUUCGCGUCCGAGCACACUGAACUUUGAGAAGAAGGCCGAUCAGAUGAAUCCGAACUUCAACGCCGAUCGAUUCAUUAAUGAUUUGUCGUUUUCCGGUUUGGCGCCGUCGACGUCAAAGAUGUUCUCCUCGCCAACACCGAGCUCGAACAAUUGGACGUGGUCGCGCGGUUGCAAUCUGUGGAACGCGUCACCGGCGAAAUCGACGACCGCCGUCGAAGACGAGGCCAACAUGACGCACCUUUUGAAGGAUCUCGAGAAGAUCUGGGCGGCGCCGACGCCGGUCUCGAGUUUGAACGCUUAA